GCGGCCGGGGCGGCCCCGGCGACCCCCGACCCACUCCCGGCGCGCUCCCGGCGCCCGCCGCAGCCGCAGCGACCCUCGCGGCCGCUCUAGGCCACCCUCCCUCGCCAGUGCGGAACCGCGGGAGGGGGGGCAAUGGAGAUGAAGAAGCGCAUCAACCUGGAGUUGCGGAACCGGGCCCCCGAGAAGGUGACAGAGUUGGUGCUCGAUAACUGCCGCUCCAGCAACGGCGAGAUCGAAGGGCUCAAUGACUCAUUCAAGGAGCUCCAGUUCCUCAGCAUGGCCAACGUUGAGCUGACAUCCCUGGCCAAGCUGCCCACGCUGAGCAAGCUCCGGAAGCUGGAGUUGAGUGACAACGUCAUUUCUGGAGGCCUGGAGGUCCUUGCAGAGAGAUGUCCUAAUCUCACAUAUCUAAAUCUAAGUGGCAACAAAAUCAAAGAUCUUGGCACUGUGGAAGCUCUUCAAAAUCUGAAGAAUUUGAAGAGUCUUGACCUGUUCAACUGUGAGAUUACAAACCUUGAGGACUACAGGGACAGCAUCUUUGAGCUGCUCCAGCAGAUCACAUACCUGGAUGGGUUUGAUCAGGAGGACAACGAGGCACCAGACUCAGAAGAUGAUGAUGAUGAGGGGGAUGAAGAUGAUGAUGAUGAUGAGAAUGAAGCUGGGCCUCCAGGAGAAUAUGAAGAAGAUGAUGAUGAAGAUGAUGGAGCUUCAGAUUUGGGCGAAGGUGAAGAGGAGGAGGAAGUUGGUCUUUCAUACCUGAUGAAAGAAGAAAUUCAGGAUGAAGAGGAUGAUGAUGACUAUGUUGAAGGAGGUGAUGAGGAAGAAGAAGCAGAGGGAGUCCGAGGGGAGAAGAGGAAACGAGAGCCCGAGGAUGAAGGCGAGGAAGAGGAGGAUUAACUUGCAGGACCAGACUCUCCAGUUGAGGAAGACGCAAUAGUGAUUAUGCAGCUCUGUAUGUCCAUGUACCAUAGAUGUCCUGACAGGAAUCCUGUGUUAACUUUUUAUAGCAGAAGUGUGGUUUUACUAUUCCUGCCCCUUUUAUCAUUCCAGAUAAGCUCUGAUAGCCCGUAGGGAACCUUCUGUAGAGAACAAUUUUCAGCCCUAUAAUCACUGAAGCCAUUGGCAAAUUCCCCCCACCAGACUUUUCUUUGGAGCUCUUUCAUUUCGUACAGUCUUGCUGUGUUGGUCAUUGUUAGCCCUGAAUCCAACCCCAUGUCCCAUGGGUGUAAUAUUGGGAGUUUUCAUUCAGGAUUUUCAAGUUUUUAUGCUUAAAAAGCUGAACUGAAAAGUGCUCUACAGUGAAUUCCCCACUCUGUGUUAAAUCAGUUGACUCUAGGCCAAGUUUUCCAUGGAUUCAACUGGAAACCCCUAACUAGAUGACACCCAUGUUUCAGUUUUUUAAAAGGUGACUCCUGUGAUUUUUAUUUUUUUUUCUUUUUUUUUGAAGGCUCCUCUCUAUUUUGGGUAUUCCAGGGUAAAGCUUCAGUGGGUUUCAGAAGAUGUUUUUGUUUUCCUGCUUGCUCCAAUGUUCAGUGUUUGGAGUAUUCACUAGAUUCCUUCAAGAGUGUAUUUUGGCAAACUGAAAGAAUUGUGAUCCUUACAGGGUUGCAAUCCAUAAAUUUCCCCCAAGUCCGUUGUCACUGCAGGUAUUAACAAAGCAAUUAAUGUGUAGUUUUAAACCUUUUUGCCAGAAAUCUUUGUUAAACUUUCACUCACUUUGCUCUUGCAUUGUCAUUCUGGGAAUUCUGCACCACUCAUGGCUAUAAAAUGUAUAAAAUAGAUGAAAUAUGCAUUUCUGAUGCAGAAGUGAA